CGACCAAUCAGGACACUCCAUUUGCUUGGAAGUCCAAAAUAGCUUAAGCAUGCGCAGUGGUACUGAUUGCAAGAUCUCGACUAUCCAAACGUGUUGGAUGGAGAAAUUACUUGAGUUUUUCAUCUAAUAUUUAAAAAUCCAUCGAGAUAUCUAAGGGCCAUGCCUGAAUGCUGACGGAGUUUGUGAAACUUCUUGCAAUGGAGGAGAAAGAAAGAAUUGUUGGCCUGACGGACUCUAGCGGUAGUGAUGGGUCUCUUUCGAAAGAUUUGUCGAAAAGAGCAGAGUUGAAUUUUUCAGCUCCAAGUCUCCCACUUGAAGAUGAUCAAAUUGACACAGGUGGCGAUCUCGAGGUAGUUGAAGAAAAUUCUCAUGGCGAGAUCACCAACAGAGGAGAGAAUAAAGAAAUCACUUCUGAUUUUGAUAACCAAAAUACAGACAGUGUUGACAAUUUGUUGAGUUGUGAAGUUGAUGCACUGAUGGUUUGUGAAAAAUGCCAUGGUCCAAUCACAAAGUUGAAAAGAUAUGGAAACAGUGGGAAGCAGUUCUGCUCAAAAAACUGUGCUCAGAGCCAAAAAAUGUCUCAGUCAGUUAUCGAUGAUGACCGGGAUAAUGAUGACAAUAAUGAUCAAUAUGAUGGAAAUAGUGCUGUACGACAGGAUAGUGUAAUCAAAGCUACCGGGGGUGUGGUGAUUGAAGAACCAAGAAGAGCAACAAAUAAGGCAGCACCUGACAAAAUCGAUCCUGUAUCCAAACAAACCAAUGAGGCUGAAACGCAAGCUGUUUCACCAUGUAAUUGGAAGGAAUACCAAGAUGAGAUGCUUAAAAGUGCUGCAAUGUUGAUCAACUUUAACAAGCUAUCAAAACCUGUAAAAGGUCUAAAACCCGGAAUGAAGCUGGAGGCCCUUGAUAAAAACAACCCAUGCAACUACUGCGUAGCCACUGUAAUCGAAAUUGUUGGCCAUCGCGUUAGAAUUCGAUAUGAUGGCUUUGGGGACAACGAUAGUCAGGACUUCUGGUGCAAUUUUCAGGCGGAGGAGCUGUACCCUAUUGGUUGGUGUGCAGAGAAUAGUUUCCCGCUUCAGCCUCCUACGGGUAUAAGCAGUACACUAGAGGACUGGAAAAUCUUCCUUACUAAAACACUCACAGGAGCCUUAGCUGCACCGAUGGACCUUUUUAGGGAGAACGAAAACAGAACGCAAGCCAAAGUUCAUAGUUUCCAGGCUGGACUGAAAGUAGAAGUCAUUCACCCUAGGAGACCGAGCAUAAUCUGUCCAGCCACAAUCACAAAGAGCCUGGGGCCUUAUCUCUACCAAGUGACUACGGAGCCACUUCCAAAUCUCCCUUCACACACGUUCUAUGGGCGAGGCGAGAGCACAGGCAUUUUUAGCUUUGGUUGGUCUACAAAGAACAGCAUUGAUCUUGCGUUGCCCUCGUAUGUCGACAGUAGUGGCUUGACCAAGGAGAAAUAUCUUGCCAUGUGUCGCAAAAAGUCUGCUCCACCUACCAAUAGUGAGAACAGACGAGUGAAGAAUGCAUUCAGAGUUGGAGAAAAGCUUGCGGCAGUCGAUCUUGAGGAGCCACAUUUGGUGCGUGUUGCCACUGUUUUCAACAUAAUUGGACGCGUACUUCUGUUGCUCUUUGAUGGACAAGGCAAAUUCCAGUACGUCGACUGUGAUAGUGAAGAUAUCUACCCUGUUGAAUGGCUUCUGAAUACCGGUCAUCCACUCUGCACACCCAAUGGAACUGUCCGCGCGUCAAAAGGAGAUUUUGCAACCGGGGUGGAGCUUACUGUUGACGAAAGUGGGCAUCGAUUUGUGACGCUGCCAUCAUUUCACACAGUUUUGGGCAAACAAGGGCCCCAUGUCAAAGAGGAGUUGAACAAGAAGCUCAAAGCCAAGGCAGAAAAUAUGUCAACGACAGUGGCUAAUGACAUUUCAACGCCAACAGUUCGAGAAAUCGUGAAAGACAAAACACAGGAAGAUCCAGAAAAACAAGACGCUUACUGUGUUUAUUUCAACAAGUCAUGUAUCAUUGGACCGUUUCUUGAUCCAGAGAAAGUUGCCAAGAUGCCGGCUACCACUGCGACCGCGAAACCCCCAGCCGCAGUGAGGUUGGCCCUUGAGCGGCUCAUAGCUGUUGCCAUCAAUCCAAGCGAAACAAUGGACGCCUUGCAAGACGGGUUUUGCGCAAAGCUGUUUUCCAGGGGAAAGAGUAAAGUCCUCAAGAAGGGCCUUUGCCGCUUCGACACUAAAGUUAGAGCCAGCAGGCUUCUUAAAAGACUAUGCAAGAAGCUGAAAAGCUGUGAAUACUUCUUGUCGUUCGAUCCUACGAAGGAGCCUUGUCCACUCGAUUGCCGCACGUCAGGUGCGACCAGCUUGGAAGGCUUCACUAUGCGCAACAUGAAAACGAAAGAAGAUUUGCUCAAAAUGGCAAGUGAAGAUUACAGGAAGAAACGAGGAAGACCACGCAAGGAUGAAUACGAUGUUAAACAUGACGUCAGCAGUAUGAAAGGGGAGUUUGUUCUUGGAAAUGAUAAUGGGGUGUCCAAAAGUGUGGCAACCACCCAAGUGCGAGUAUUGAACUUUGCAUCUUACAAUGGCCGACCAUUAGUUCCUAUUGCCCCAGGCUCCAAAGCCCCGAUCACGAUAAUGCCUGCAUCAAGUCAAGUACAUCAUGCUCGGCCCCCACCUCCGUAUGAAAUUGGCAGUCACUCUUCAUUCGUUCAUCCUGUACAUUCAAACACAGUCAUUACCAGUGCGACGCAAUCGCGAAUGGUUACCCCCGUCAACGUGAGGAUGCUCCCUCCCGGUGCCCAGUCAUCGGUUGUUUCAGGCAGUGACUUGUCUUCACCAUCCCUCACAUCCCCAAAUCUUGCGACAGUACUAGUUGUGACAAAACCCCCGGGAACCACUCACCAAGGACAGGGUCUACUCUCCCUCAGAGGAAAUGUGGCAAACCAGGGGGUGCGAUUACCUCUCUCUCCGAGUUCUCGCAAAGGCCAGAUCCAAGUUUUAGGUGGUAGUUCAAGGUCUAAAGCUCAAGGCACGAUCAAAAUACAUGGUCCUAUGUUCGACCAAGCGCCAGGGACUAUGAACCCAAUGGCCGCGAGCUCUGAACUCAAGCAAGUCCUGUCAUCAUCAACAAGGAUCGAAAACGGGGUGAAAUUCUUACAGAGAGGGCAAGCUCUGCACAUUCCUUCUCAGAGCCAGUCUAAUCCAAGUCAGAUAUACGAGACUGAUUCAAAUAUAGCAUCUGAUUUCCCCGUUUAUCGUAGCGGCAAUCUAGACUCUUUGUCAACCAACCACGGGUCGCGGUUCGGGGCCAUAAAACCGCCAAUCGAAAUUAAGAUGGAGCCUCAAGACCACCAUUUUCAGCGAUCUGAGUCAUCUCCUGUGCAGCAAAUGAGUCCGACAAUUCACAUUCACCAUCCGGCCUCCUCAACCUACCAUCACAUGUCUCAAGACGGCAUCCAAGAUGGAACAAAGUCCCUGCUGUCUGAUGGAGUAUCAAUGCAUAUUGUCGAUGAUGAAAUGGACGGUUCUGUCCACUCCAACAUGUCCCCAAAUUCGCCAAUUAAAACUAACGUUUCUAUGAAAUACGAUAUCGUUUCUCACCAUGGAAUGAAAAGACACAUGCCAAGCAGUCUGCCGAGCCACAUGAAAAAUCACCUUAAAGUUGCUACAACCAAUACUGGUGGUUCACAGUCAGCCUUGAGCCCGCUACACAGCCCACCGCCCCUUCGCCCUGCACCGUCUGGACAGCACCGAUCCAUUGCGUUACGAAGCCCCCCUAACCUUACCCCAUCAACAGUGAUUUCGCACUUCGAUUUCACACCGGUAACUACAACCACUAGUGUUAUUAGCCAGUCGGGUCGUGUUAUUCACCACCCUAGCACCCCAAUAUCUUCCAAAACUUUCUCAGAUGCAGCAAACGGCCUGGCAAAUGGGCAAGUUGUGUCACGUGAGAUGGGUACUCUAACUGCCGAUGUUCUUUCACCGAAUAUCAGCACCCCUGCUAGCAAUGGAACCAUGACGCUCACAUACAUACCGGUGAAAACACAGCCAAGUGACAAGAUUGUAUACGUACCUGUUAGUCAUAGCUUCAGUAAGGACAGACAGCAACAACCACUGCAACAUCAGCAACAACCGAUUUUCAUAUAUUCAAAGCCAGGAUCACACGGGGAGCGCUUUCAAGAUGGGAUCCCUGGUGGCGGACAUCGAUCACACCACAAGAUUCCAAUUUCGUCAUUAGAGGAAAUCAGUCAUCAGCCCUAUUCUGGGGUCACUAGAAAAUUUACAGUUAGGACUCUCCAAAGAGAUUCCAAUAACGGGCCACUUUCUUCUGGGCUUACCACGGUCCGAAUACAAGGCUCUAAAUUAAAUACAAUCAGGUCUAACAGUUCACAAAGCUUUCAAGACGUCGCCUACUACACACCGAAAAAUACGUCACCUGGGAAUUUAUCUGAGAAGUCUUCGAAUUACAGAGUAAAUGAAAAUGAAAUUGUGGCACGUCACAGGACGAUUGAGGCACUAAAACAUGGAACGGAAAGUACGAUUCAAGGAGACUCUCGUUUGGACAAUGAAGUCUCGUUUUAUAAUUCGAAUAAUUCGAGCUAUGGUGAAAUAUCUGGUGAUGAUGAUGAUGAUUAUGAUUGCAAUGAGGAUGGCGACUUUGGUUGUGAAGAAUUUUCAGAUGAGGUCAUUGAAAGUGAAGUUAAUGCGAGCAAUGGGAAUCAAGCGACUCAUGGACAGGGCCUCGGGAUGCACGCGCGACAACGCAUAAAGAAACGCUUGCUGUCGAGACAAAAGGGAAUUGUCAGUGCACAGUUUAAAGUCAAAUACAAGCAAGCCUUAGAGCAAGCAAAGUUUUUGCGCGAAAGAAGACCGUCGUUUUCAUCGCUGCAGUCACAGGGAAGAACAACAGACAUCCCGGAGCAGGCGUCCAUCUCUCGAGAAGAAUCAUGCAUUUAUAAUUUAGAAGCAAGUCCUGUUUCAAAAGCAAGCUAUGAUUGCGGGACACCCGCGGGUUGUCACCCGAAAGUUAGUGACAGUGACAUUCAUGGUCAGUCAGGGCUAUUGGAAUUAAGAGACGAAAAGUUUAGGGCCAAUGCUAGUGGGUUUGGAAACUAUGAUGCACAGGCGAGUCUUGGACAUGAAAGUAUUUUGGAAAGAGGCCUCUCGCCGCCAUCUGGAAACGGUUCAAAACAUUCACAGCAAGAUACAGGAAAAAUUGAAAUGAAUGGAUUAAAAAGGAAAAGGCUGGAGAAUGAAUUUGUGCUCGACCACUGGGAUGCUUCAGAGGACGCGAAAAUAAGAAAGAAAAAGAAGAUAAGUACUGCGUCAGCGAAUCUUACAAAAUAUCUAACGGACCCCCUGGAUAAAGUCAAAUUGCCAGGAAAUCCCGCUUCAUGGAGCGAGGAAGAUGUUGCCAGCUUUUUAAACGCGACUGAUUGCUCUGAGUAUGCAGAGACGCUCAAAGACCAGGAGAUUGAUGGCAGUGCAUUGUUGCUGUUAACGCGAGAAUCCUUGAUGGAAUUCGCUGGUAUGAAACUCGGACCGGCCCUUAAGAUAUGUGGCUAUGUUGCGACGUUAAAAGGCAGAAUACGAAUGCAACAGAAUAUUGCUCUUAUUCAAGGCUGAAGGCAGUUGGUAUAAAGAGUCUGUAUAUUGCAAGCUGUAUCCCUUCAAGGAAUUGUAUGGACAAUUAACGGAACUUUUGAAUUUACUUACAGAUAAGGAUUUGCUGUUUUGUUACCCAGAAUGUAUACCCCGACAUUAUAAACCCUGUUUUUCAUAUCAGUUUUGCCUUUUUGAUCACAUUUAUGGUAAAAA